UCGAUUCCGCUCCUUCUCUCCGGCGUGCUGACGCCACACCGCCACGCGCGCUGACGUUCCCGCGCAGCCAGUCGCCGCGAAUGGAAGAGUUUGCUGCCGUCGCCCUUUCCCUGCUCCUUGGGGCGCUCGUUCUCCUCGUCUCGCUGGCGGUGACCAGGUCGCGAAAGGGCUUGCCGCAGCAGGACGGCGGCAGUGACGAAGACAAUAAAGUCAGUAAUGAUGCCAGUGAGAGGAAUGUGGCAUCAAAGAAGCAGAAGUUGCAACGUUCACGCAAAGACAAGCUACAGCAGCAUGUCUUUACCCACCCGUUGCUAGCCUCGUCACUGAAGGGCCACAGUGGAAGUAUCAGUUGCCUCGAUUUUAGUAGCAAUGGGAAGUACCUAGCUUCUUGUGCUGAUGACCGCACAGUUCGAAUUUGGAGUACAAAAGAUUUUCUAGAGCGUGACCAUCGUUGUAUGCGUGCUAACGUUGAACUUGAUCAUGCCUUGCAUGUGUGUUUCAGCCCUGACUCCAGAGCCUUCAUCACAUGGCUAGCAAAUGAAGAAACAAUCCGUGUUUUUAAAAUGACAAAAAGGGAUGAUGGUUCAUUCACAUUCACCGCUGCACCUGAAGACUUCCAAAAGAGGCACAAAGCUCCUAUUGUGAACAUUGGAAUUGCUGAAACAGGGAAGUUCAUUAUGUCUGCCUCCAGUGAUACUACCAUCCUAAUCUGGGAUCUGAAAGGAGAGGUUCUUGCUACAAUUAACACUAAUCAGAUGAACAAUGCUUAUGCUACUGUGUCUCCAUGUGGAAGAUUUGUGGCCUCAUGUGGCUUUACACCAGACGUGAAAGUUUGGGAAGUAUGUUUUACCAAAUCGGGAGAGUUCCGAGAAGUAAUGAGAGCCUUUGACCUCAAGGGGCAUUCAGCUGGGGUUUACUCAUUUGCUUUCUCCAAUGACUCCAGACGAAUGGCAACAAUCUCUAAAGAUGGCACCUGGAAGCUGUGGGACACCGAUGUUCAGUACAAGCAGCAACAGGACCCGUACUUGUUGUUGACCAUGAAAUGUGAUGUUUCUGAUUCCAGCCGAAUCGCUCUUUCUCCUGACGCCAGGGUGGUAGCUAUAUCGAAUGGCUUCAAUAUUACGAUGCACAAUGCCAAGACAGGCAGUCAAGAAGAAGAAUUUCUCAACGUGCACGGGGAGGAGAUUGCUGACCUGGCUUUUGAUAUUAACAGUAGGUUUUUGGUUUCUUGUGGUGAUCGUGCUAUCCGGGUCUUCCACAAUGUGGUGGGUUACCGAGCAGUUAUUGAAGAAAUGGAAGGCAGACUAAAGAAAGCAACAACAGAUGCAAUGCGGGAGAGGUUACAGCAGCAGAUUGAUGAUGCAAAAAGCGCAUUGGAUGUGAUUUAUGCAAAGAAACAAUAACACUAGCAAACUGGGUUGACUUCCAUUUCCUGUGCUACUGGGUCUCUAGGCUCAGUUGAAUGUUUAUGACUUCACUUCAAUAUUUUUUUGUAACAAAAUGUGGAUGCAAUAUUCCUUGCCAUUAGAUUCCAGCUAUCAGGUCUCAACAACCAUUGGAAUUGAUGUGUGGAUUUAAUUUCAACCUGUUUUGGCUGGAGCAGAAUAUCCAUAAAUGAGAAUAUAUAAACUUUCAAAUUUUGUACUUGGUCUUUUAUUGUUUUGUUACACAUCAACAACUGUCACUAUUGUGCAGUGGUGGUGUAUUGAGCCUAGAAAAUGCGAAAUUCUUUAAGGACUUUUGAAUAGUUACAGAUUUUAAUAUUGUGUUGGAGUGAUGAAGGUUCAAAAUGUAGAAUUGUGCAGAAACUACCAGCAUUUUUCAAUGAAUCAAAAUUAAAAUGCUGCAGAUGUGUAAAUCCAAAAGAAAAAUACUCAAUUCCUCAGGCUAAUAAUUUAAAAUUUAAUUAGCCUGGCCAGUUGUGUGUUUAAGUUUGGGAUCUUACUAUCUAGAAAUGUAUCCGGGUUUGCUCUGAUAAAGGUACCAUGUAGUACCUUUAUACAGUAAUAGACCAAUGUAAUAGCUGCAGGGUAUUUCACUCCAGUACUGAAACUUUGUUCCAUUUGUUUGGGUUUAUGUUAACUUUCAUGAUCCUGAUGUCAGAUUCACAAUGUUUGUGGUUUGAAAUUUUUGGAUUUGUUUGGUUCAGUGCUGUUUUUGUUACGUUUAAUUUGUAUCUAGUGAAGUUCAUUAUUUUCAAUUAUUAAAAAUGUUAAUCAGCAAGAAGCUGCAACUUUUGGUCUCUGAAUGCAACUAAAUCAAAGUAACCAAGUCCUGGAUUUAUCUGACUUAUCUGUGAUAGGGUGAAGCUUUUCAGUUAUUUAUGCGGGACACUAUGACUUGAACAAAGUGAUGAAGAGUAGUCUUCACAUAAAAGGAUGUAAUUGACUUCAACGUUCAUGCUGGUACUGUAUUUAAACGUGUACAGUCAUUACAACAAGCUGCUUUGUAAUAUUCAGUUUAGCCCCAGAGGUGAUUGAUCCCUUGCUUUCAUGGCCUUGUUUGUUUUCUUCGCUGAGAAUGCCGGGGGUUGGACACGUACUGGCAAUUCACCAAGUGAAUACAUUUAAUGUAAUCACUCAUACCUUAAGCUCUUUAUGGUGUUUCCACCUAGCACCUCAAAUAAGCAAAUUGGAAUGAUCAAUAGUCAAUAUAUAUGUGUUGUAAACUACAAGUGCCACUAAGAGAGAAAUUUGAAUUCUGAUUGUUGGCUUUUAAUGGUGGUUGAAUGUUUCAGUAAUGAAAACAAGACAAGUGGCUUGAGGUUUUAUUUAUUGGUUAAAACAAAAAAGCCCUAUUUUGCACCACUGAAAUAUUUAAAAGUGUAAUCAUUAACAAUUUGUACAAAGUAAUACUCCCAGAAACAGUAAUGUGAUAUUGUUAAGAUGAUCUGUUUUAUUGAUGUAAAUUAAAGGGAAAAAAUUGGUUUGGGCACCGGGGAUGGCUGUUCAUCUUCAGAGAAGACUAUGGGCUCUUUAACGUUCACAUUAAGGAGUUGAACAGAACUGUUUAACGACUGAUCUGAAAGAUUGCACCUCUGAUAAAGUACAGCACUACUUGGCUUCUGCUUUAUAUUUUUGUGUUGAAAUCUCUGGAGUGGAACUUGAACACACAGCUUUCUUCUUUAAAGAUAAAAUUUCCAACUAAGUCAUAUCUGAUAUGCACAUACAAUUUUAUAACAAGUUAAUAAUUUAUCUUCAUUGCUUUUCCAUAUAGCUUAUCUCUUUACACCUGUGAUCUGUUUUAUAGCUGCCUUCACCUUUUUCCAAUGCUUUUCAUUGUUUAGUCCUUUGCUGACCAGAAUUGGUGCUCAAAAUUUGAUUUACAGUAUUUAGAACAAUGUAAAGCAUCCUUUAAUUUUGAUGCUCUUGUAUGAUAAAUUGUAAUUGAAUCAGGCUUUAUUUUACUAGGGACAGUGUUUGUGGUCAUGUUUCUUUCUACAGUGUUAAUCAUUAUUUGGGUUAAUAGCAGAUGGAGACUCAAAUAAUUUCACAUUUCCUUAAAUAACAAAGCUACUUCAAUGUGACAGAUGUCAUCAACUGUGUAUAGUUAAUGAGCAUACCUCGGAGCAGCCUGGUUUGCAGUAGGGGCCAGAAUUCAUACUGGCAGCCUGAUUUUUAUUAAAACAAAAGUGCGUCUUCUUUCCAGCAGGCUGAUUGGAUUGCAGCCUGCUAUCCCAAACAGAAAAUGUAUUGGGUUUGAUCCCACACGUGGCCUGUGCGUUAGUUCAGCAGUGCCUUCAGUGUGGUCCACAUGAUGGACCCGCUGGAGGUUUCAGCUCUUCGGUCCUUGUGCAAAGUGAAGCAGUCUGUGAGUCAGAACCAGACCUCGGGCAGCAGAACCUGAGGCUUUGAACACAGCUCUGUCCUGAUGGGUUUUGGCAGCCACCUGCUGCCAAGUAUUUUCAUCCUUUGUAGAUUUUAGAGAUGUUCAGAGAAAUUUUAAGAAGUGUUUGGAUCUAAGUAAUUUAAGGUAAAUUAAAAUAAUUAAAUUUGUUUUAAUUUAAAGUUUAAUGUAUUUUGACUAUGUGAAAUAAAAAUAAAGAAAAACUUGAUAUAAACUUUUUAAUGUGUGGCUAGGGUGAAUGCCAAA